AUGUGUGUCCCUUAUGUUCAUCUUGUGAAUAUUACUAACGGACGAAGCUGGAACCAGUUUUAUAAGACUGAGAUCACAAAUUUCAAUGAUAAUGAAGAAGACUUGGGAGAAUGCUGGUUUGACGACUCUGAUGCCGAAAGGAAGGUGAUCCAAUUUUUUUGUGAUCUCAUCGAGAACAAGGAAAUAGAUUCAAAUUUACUGGUUUGUGACCUUGGAACCGGUAAUGGACACUUUUUAUUUGAGUUGUACGACUCGAUUAUUGAGGAGGAUAUUGAUGCAUCUUUAGAAUAUCAUGGAAUUGAUUAUUCCCCCGAGUCUGUCCAACUUGCCAUCCUGAUUGCCAAAAAAAAAUAUUCGGAUCAAGAGUUUGUUUUCGAACAAGUUGACUUUAUUGCCAAAGAGUGUUCCUACUUGGAAGACAAGGCAGGAAAAUUUGACGUCUUGUUUGACAAAGGAACAUUGGACGCAAUUGCAUUAAACAAUAGUCCUAUUGAAGGUUUCGGAUCCAAGAUAGGUAUCGACGUGUACCCUUCCCAAGUAACCAAAUUGAUGCAUCCUGGUUCUUUACUCAUAAUAACUUCUUGCAAUUUCACCGAGGAAGAGCUCAUAAAACUAAUCACAAAGGAUGCAGCCAAUGGGUUAAGCGUAUGGAAGAAAAUCGAGUAUCCAUCGUACGAGUUUGGCGGUGUCAAAGGUUCCACAAUUUGUAGCAUUGCAUUCCGCAAGGACUGA